AGCUACUGGCGGUGCGUUUUGCGGUGCGUUGCGAGGCGCGGCGGGCGGCGUGAUUUGCGGGGGUAUGCCACAGCUAGACUAGUUGCGACGGCGGCGGCGUCAGAGGUGGACGUAUUUAGAAAGCCCUAUCAAAAUUCCCUUUCAAAAGUGGCACGAUAUUACCUUGAAAUAAGUGCGUUCUUAGCUGAAGAUAUUAUUCAAUCAAGAAUAGGAGCGCACCCAGUAAGAAAAAGAGAGAACUUGGCGAAUUCCACCCUAUUUAUUAGGUAUUAUAUUAGGAAUAUAAGAACUAUCCCGAUAAAUAGAUUAUUAAUAGAUUCAACCUUCACAGAUAUUACCAGGUUCAAAUCUAAAUUUACCAUACGUGUUAAUUGCUGAUAAAGCCUAUCCUCUUAAAAAUUAUUUGAUGCGCCCAUAUCCACCGGGUGGUUUAAAUGCGGAACAAAUAAUUUUCGACAAAACAUUAUCCCGGACAAGUGUCACAAUUCAGUACGCGUUUGGUAUUCUAACUAAUAAAUUUCGUAUUUUUACGAAAAGUGUACAGGCAAACAAAAAGCACGCGACAUUGAUUAUAAAGGUUUCGUGCCUUAACAGAAAGUGAUGGAGACAGAGAUGCAGAUUUUCAGCAGUUUAUUUCCCAGUUUGGAGACUCCAAUAUUCACAAUAGCGUACGCAGAUCAAGACGGAAUAAUCGAGAAACGGUUCAAGCAUCUAGAAUACGAAAUCAAUUCAAAUUUCAAAUUUUAUUUCAAUAAUCCUAUCCAAGAGUAUCUAGGAAACCAUUAGUACCAGAAAAUUGUUGUUUUAUUUCAUCCCACAUUUUUUUUAUAACAUGCCUAUAUUUAUGAUGUGGAUGUUUUGACAUCCAUAUUUCUGGUCUACUCAGUAUUUCACUAAUGAAUUGUUCCACAUCCAUUAUAUUUUAUUAGCUCAACGCGCGGUAAAAACAAAAUGAUUUGUUUCGGUCGCGCGAUGCCUCAAUGCGUCCACCGACACCGCCGCGCGCGCCGCUCUGAGCUGUGGCCACCUCCAUAUUGUCUAGUACAUUUGUUUCACUCGCACAUGGCGCAGCUCGUCGCCGCCAGAUGUCACGCACCUCUCACCGCGCCUCGCAACGCACCGCAAAACGCACCGCCAGUAGCUGUGGCAUACUUCAUAGGUUGUCUACCAUUUGUUUUCGCCGCUCCCGCUUGCCGCGCCUCAUGACGCACCGCAAUUCGCACCGCUCUCGGCUGUGGCCAAGGGGAACAAAAUGGAAUGGGUUUUAAGAAGUCCACAAAUCCACAGCAGUUUCGGGAAUCUUGGUUUCCUACAUGCUGAUGGAUAUCACGUAAACGAGAAUUGCAACAAUGUCCUGGAAUCUAUUUUACACAAUAUUUUAAGUGAAGACGAGUAUUUGCGAACGUAUCGUAGAAGCAUCAGUUUUGGGCAGAAUGUCAAGAAGGACCUUAUACCACUUUUAAUCCAUACUAAAGAUGAUAAAACUAUUGAAUUAUUAAUAAGGAUACUAGUUAAUUUGACUAUUCCUAUCGAAUGUUUGCUUUCUGUUGAUGAAAUCUCCAAAAAUGAUUUCGGACGUCAUACUAUAUUCGAAAUAAACAAUUUACUUGCAACAACGAAAAUGGCAUUUACAGAUCAACGAGCAACUAAAGUUGUAAUAGAUUUUUUAAAAAAGAAUUUUGAUCUUGAACAAAAGACAAUGUUAACCAUUGAGCAAUGUACAAAUAUAAGUAACAGCCUACUUUUGCUGAGAAAUAUAUUACACAUACCAGAGAAAACUCCCACUCGGAGUCCAACUUUCAACGGGCCUGUUCACUCGAUCCAAAACCAAAUCAUAUGGAAUAUCUUUAGCCAAAGUAUCGACAAAGUCCUCAUUAAGUUGAUGAUAAUUCCUGACGCGGCAAAAUGGGCGGUUACAAUGAUUCAAUUCAUAGCCUUGCUUUAUAAAAAUCAACAUGCUGUGACAUUACACAAACUCCUCAAUUUAUGGCUAGAGUCAUCUUUGUCAGAAAGCUCUGAGGAUAACGAGAGCAAUACCUCUCCGCCGGAUCGUGGAAGUGAUGACUCGUCACCGAUAUUAACGUCAGAUCCCACGUCCGAUUCGUCGGACACAGGGGGCAGCGGUAAGAGCAACGACGAACCAAAUUCAGUGAAUAACGGAUGGGAUGCUUCUUCUGUUAAUAACACCAGUGAGAACGGAAGCCAGACCUCUCAGACGCACAAUGAUUCUGAGUCACCAAGGAAAAAUGCGGAAAAUAUUGCAGAGGGCUCCAUGAAAGAUGAAAAUGUAAAUGAAGCGAAAUCGGUAACGUUUUCAGAGAGUAACACGGAAGCGACUAAAGAUGUGCCAGCAGGUGAAGACAAAAUGAAAGCGGUCAUAUCGGAAAAUUCCGAUUGCGGUUACGGUACUCAAAUUGAAAACCAGGAGUCCGUUUCAACGUCCAGUAACGAUGACGAACUACCCUCUGAGAAGCCGGUUCACCAGAAACCGCAUAAUCCAAAACAACGGGUCAACACCAAAUCUCGUAGCGGGGUAACGGUGCAAGAACGGAAACGUAAAAAAAUUGUUAAAAGAGGAAAAUCUAACAUAAUCAACGUACAAGGGCUGUCUCAUAAAACUCCAACUGACGACGACAUAUCUAACAUCUUGAAAGAGUUUACUGUCGAUUUCUUAUUGAAAGGCUACAACGUCCUUGUUCAAACACUUCACAGUCAGAUACUCACGAAUUUACAACUGGAAAUCGAUACGUCGCAUUUCUUUUGGUUGGUCACGUACUUCUUGAAGUUCGCUACGCAGAUAGAGCUGGAUCUAGAACAUCUCUGCUCGGUCUUGUCAUUCGACAUCGUCUCAUACUUAACCGCCGAGGGCGUCAACUUGUGCGAACAAUUCGAGCUGGCCGUCAAGUUAGACGGUAAUGGUCUCAAGCCGUGCAUGAGGAGGCUCCAUUUGGUCGUAACAGCAAUAAGAGAAUUGGUUCAAGCAAUCGAAGUGUACAAAAAGAUAUCGUUCAUACGCAAAGACGACAGGGAGGCGCUCAUAAAAUUACAAAUCAAAAUGUGCGAAACCGAUGAGCUGAGAUCUCUGAUGGUGUUGUUGCUCCGCACUUACAAUCCUAAGUAUCACACCAAACAAUAUUUACAGGAUAUAAUAGUAACGAAUCAUAUUUUACUAUUGUUCUUAGACAAUGUGAUGAAGAUGACCGAAUACAAUGGCACGACUAAUAUGGUGGACCAUAUAAAACAAUUCGCUACGCCCGAAAUAAUGUACCAAUACGGGUUGCUGCUAGAGGAUUACGCCAGUAACGGAGAGUUUGUGAACGACUGUAUCUUCACGGUAAUGCACCACGCGGGAGGCGAACUAGAAAGCCUGAUAACGUUGUUCCAACCUAAGAUACUUAAGACGUUCACUUCGAUUUGGAAAUCGGAAUUCGAAAUUUGCGAUGAUUGGUCCGAUCUAAUCGAAUACGUGAUCAAUACGUUUAUAAAGAAGCCGCACACGUUACAAACCAUGGCUGACAUUAGGCUUGACACGGAGAACUUUGACGACGAAAUAGUUUCGAAGCCUGUCACGACGCCGGAAGAUGUCGCUGGUCCGCGCACUGACGAUAUAGCCAAGAAGAAUAACAUAAUUAGUAACGCCAGUAACGCAUCUGUGGAAACGUGGACAGAAGACGAACUAAGCUCAUUGAAUUGGAACUACAUGCAAUGUAAUUCUCUAUCCGAUGUUAUCGGCGAGAUUGUGAAGUUGUUCAAAGAUUACGGAACUUUUAAAUCUAGACAAUCUAUUAUCACACAGCUGUAUAAACAGAACAUUAUUGAUAAAGAUAAAUUUGAGACGUUUUUGAACGCCGAAAAACAGUGGAACACCAGAACUGUAGAGCUAAACAAGGAGACGAGAGACGACGAGAUCGGCAAACUAUGCGAGCAGCUGGCGAACGACGGGAAGUCUAACUUCCUAGAUUGGGUACAGAAAGUACUUUUGGAUACCUGCUGCGCUAAAAUAUAUAUCCAGAAGAAAUCGGCCACUAAAUUCCUGGCCGACCAAGCUGACUGCAAGCUACUCAAUUUUGAAUUGUUCAAGAAGAAAUCGGACUUUCCGUCUUUGUCGCCAGUGUCCUGCCAUUCAUUGCUGUUCAACCAAUCUGUUCCACUGGUGCCGUGGAACUGCAGACAAGCCAGUAUCUGCAAAGACUUGAAGUUUCUGCAGCUGUUACACAAGCUCGGCUUCCACAUGCCCGUCGAUUCCGGGAAAGUGUUUAUAAGAAUUCCUCAUUUUUGGACAGCGGAUUUUCUUUUCGAGGUCGCCGGAAAGAUAGCGCCCAUCGAUAAAAAAACGCUGAAAUUCAAUAUAGACGACCUACAGAAUAGUAUGACGCACGAGAAAUAUCGAAAUCUUAUAGUUUUAACUACGAAUUAUACUAAAGAUAUUACUAUGGUGGAAACCUCUGAUAAUAUUUAUCAAGUGCACAAACAAAAGCAUCUCGCCACAAUGGUCAACUUUACGCCUAUGCCUGGCACUUCAUUCGGUACGCAAAGAGAUGACGAAAGACGCAACUGGUUGGAGGUGGUUAAAAAGUCGCAAGAAUAUAAGAUUACAUUGAAUUUAGGAAGGUUAGUGGGGGAGGAAGGCGACAUACAGCCUGAUGUAGUGAUGAAGUUGCCGUCGAGCGAGCCGUCGGAGUCGCUCCCCGCGCCGCCCAUCAGUGGGAACAUCACCGACACAGAGUACUACAACAACAGCGUAUGCGAAACAGCUUCGGUGGCGUCCGAUCUCACUCGAAUGUACGUUUCGGAUGAAGACGAGAAACCGGAAGUGGUACUACGGCCUGUCCAUGAGGUCAACAACUUGGCUGAAUCCAGUGACUCCGGCAACUUAAAACGUCCGCGUGUACAAUUUGCGCCCAAUUUCUGAUUCCAUACGUAGUGGAUAAGUAGCUGUCGAAACGAUAUUGUUUAAUUUUACCUCAAUAAAUCUUAAUAAAAUAUACCUAAUAUUAAUUUUAUCGUAAUUAAAAUAACUAUCUAUUUUGAAAAAAAAAAAAUAUCUGUGUGAAAUAUAUAUUCCAAAUGUGUUGUAGUUAGUGCAACUACAACGUGUUUAUUACAUUAUUAUUAAAACAGAUUAGCUUUUGUGUUUAAACCAAUGCAUUUUGAUAGUACGUAGUAACAAUUUUAUAUAAUAAUAUAAUAAUAUGUAUUCUAUUAAAAAAAAAAAAUUAUGUAUAUUCAUUGUUGUUGUACACUUUUUCACCUACCAUUUACUCUUCAUUUUGGUUUACUUGGAGCUCACCUCAUGUACGAAUUAAACUCACCUCGUGUACCUAUAUAACACACAGUUAUUUUCUGAUGUUUUUUCUGUGCACUCUAAAGUAUAAUUAAAUAAGAAUUUCUAUACGUUGUAACUCGUGACUAUGCGAACACACAGCUAUAAGGGAAGUUUCAAUAGAUUUAAUAAUAGUUUAUUUUUUUAUAAUUUGUUGUGUUGUGUUAGACCUUUAAACGUAGUGUAAACAAAUAGUUUUGAUAGAAUUGCAUUAAUCGAAAUAAAAAUAUACCUCUGAA